AUGCCGUUCUUCGCCAAGGUCUUCAAGCCGCGCGACGCGAAGAAGGGGAAGCUGGACGACUCCAACGGCCAGCUGCUCCCGCCGCCCAAGCCGCGCUGGGAGGAGUCGUGGGCCCGCAAGGAGGUCGCGCCCGACGAGGUCGAGGAGCUCAUUCACGUUUGCACCCAGGAACUCAAGUCGCGAGCGCUCGACACGCCAUUCCUGCUCCUGCCCUUCCGGCCAGGCUCCGACGCUAGUUCCUCCCGCAGCUUUAUUCGAAGCUUCUUCAGGGAUGCCUACGAGGGCGGAAACGAAUAUCGAGGGGAAGCUCUGCGGGCAGAGCUGCGCUUGACGGAGCCAAUGGUACUUUGUAGCAUCAUGAAGUGGUGCUGGAGCAGGCUUCCUGGCGGUGUCGUCACCUGGGACGCGUACGAGCUAUUCCGCGUGGGAGAGCAGGACUCUGGCAUGGCUAAGCACGCAUUUGAUACAUUCAUCCCGAUUAGCGUUGAUUCGGAGGCACGCAAGCAGAUCAUAACUGACUUCUUCGACCUUCUGGCUGCCAUAUCUGCGCGCGGCAAAACAAAUGGUCUUGGAGGAAGGAAACUGUCAAGAAUGGCCGGCUGGUGGGCCUUUGAGCAUCCCGACAAUGGAAAGGGCUUCGACGAUGGAUACAAGUCGUGGAAGAGCGCCGCUGAUGCUACGAGCCAUCUUUUCUUCGCCUAUCUGCGUUCGCUAGCUCCGGAGGACAGGAACUUUAGUGGCAUUAACACCCUCCCGCGCUCCCUUCAAGCCCUGGUCAAUCAGACCGAAUACCCUCCCGAGCCGCCGGUCCUAAUGCAGACCACCACGACGAAAGUGGUUAUGAUCGUCGAUUCAGUGUCUCCAACUCCGUUUGCACUCUUGCGCCGGGCAAAGCAUUUCGAAUACCGUGAUGACGACAGACUUCUUCAGAGAUUCUCCCAAUACGAGGAUCCCGUCCAGGCCUUGACGGACGAGUGUCGACGUGUUCUGAAUGCGAUUUCAUCGGCUAAUCAGUCAAGUACUGCUACCGAAGGUUCUUCCGAUCCCUCCUGGUCGAGGUUUGAGGAUUUGGGUUUCGGUUUCCUGGACACUUCGCUAUCGUCACCUACCAGCACUAGCAGCGGCCCUACUCCCUCGAGCACCGCCAAUGGACUCCGGACCACGCCACGCGCUCGUGCCGAUACCAUGGGCCGGCCUACCACCCCCUCCUGGGCGGAUUUCUUGUCAACUGGCUUCCAGGAUGGACAGGCGCAGACCUCGUCCCCUCCCAUGCUGCUUCCUCCGGACAAGGUACUUCCUCCGAUCGGCGAGGUUGCGCGCGUCCAGAGCUCGCAAUCUCACCUAAGAACGUCCGAGGACGGCCUGGAGCCUGGAGAACUCGCCAGCAUCCAGACUUUCGAUCUUGAUGAUACAUUCUGGUGGGUUUGGAUGACGAGUUUGGCAAUUGAAGAGCCGAAUGAGCGGAAGGCGGUCUUUGGCCGCUGUGCACUGCUUGAGACGAACAUUUCUGGUGGCAAGUGGUUGGUCCUCGAAGAACAAGUGAAGGGUGCUUCGGAACCCGCCGAAGGUGCCUACAUUGUGGAGAAGAAGAGUAAGUUCAGCUUCACCAAGCGAGGUCGCCUUGGCCGCCGCAAAUCCACCGGCAAGAAGCUACCGAUAAAGGAGCCUUACGACAGGGCUCAGACGGAUACCCCGACAAGCAAGACCAGUAUUGGGCCGGACCAGCACGCUCGUAUUCAAGCCGCUGCGGCGCGCUUGGCGCAGCAGCAGAAGCAGCAGGAUGCAUCUCCGCGUCGCGGUAGAAGUGAGGAGACGACAGCGAAGACGAACAGCGUAAUGACUUUGCAGCCCAUGGUGGUGAGCGAGGCCGGUCCAGCGAUGAAGUGGGCGCGUGCCUUCGACAAGGAGACUAUUCGAGCUCAGUACCUCGGUGACCCUAGUGCUGGCAAGGGUCUUUCGCGUGAGAAUCUUGCUCUUUCUCCUAGCCCGACCUUUUCGAAUGGUGGUCCUACUUCUCCUGGCGUAGCUUCAACGAAGAACGACCUCCCACCUCUGCCUAAAGAGUCAGGAUCCCCGAAGAGCGUUUCGCGCAAACCUUUGGCGCCAUCUCCUCUUCCUCCAACUCCUAAGGAUGAGACCGCCAACGAAGCGGCUGCUGCGGCUGCACAGGUGCCUCUCCCUCCGCCUAAGCUGGAUACCUCUGACAACAAUGUGCACCCUGCCUUCCGUUCGGACAAGAAGAAGGCUGUCUCGCCUUCUCCCGUCGCUGAAAGGCGCAAGAUGUUCGAAGAGAAGCAGGCCUCUGUCACUGUUGGUUCGGAGAUCAAGAAGGAUGAGCAUAAGAAACUCAAGAAGCCUGCUCAGACGGGCGGUGGCGGUGGCUUCAAGAAGUUGUUUGGCAAGAAGAAGGCUGCCACUGAACCAAUCCAGCCGGAGAAGACUGAGCCUGUCCCGACUGCCAGCGGUGGUCUUCAGGUCCCUCAGCAGCAGGGUAAUGGUCUGGUCCGCACCCUUUCUGGCUUGGGCCGCAAGAAGCCGGCACCCGCUGAGCCUACUCCGGAAGCCUCUGCUGAGAAGGCUGAGCCCAGCGCUGCUCCCGGCAUGCGCAAUGAAGCCGUUAUGUAUACCGAGGACCGUCCACCGCUCUCCCGUGUCCACACCAAUGAGCGUGAGGAGGCCGAAGCGCAAUUCUCCCGCUUCGACCAGGGUCCUCUGGAUGACCAGCCUGCUUUUGCCCCUGAGGAUGCCGAGGACGAGGCUCUCACUCCACAUGCGACCCAUUUCCAGGAUGCGCCUGAGGUUCCUGAGACUCCCGGCGGCGAUGACGUUUCCCAGGCGGACGUCUCGUCGAUCUCGUCGGCUUCUAUCGACUUGGCGCAACAAGUGUCGCCCACUCAAGAUCGCUGGGCACAGAUUCGCAAGAACGCCGCUGAGCGUGCCGCGCGGAUGAGCGAGGACCAGUCGUACUCGCGCCCGCGUUUCAGUGAGAGUCAGACGUCCCGCACCACUAUGGAUGAUGGUGACACCAGCGGUGAAGAGACGAUUGAGUCUCGUGUUGCGCGUAUUAAGGCCCGUGUCGCGGAGCUCACCGGCAACAUGGACUCCUCUGGCAACAUCGUUACUGGCGCCCAUCGCUAG